AUGGCCCAAACAUCAACUGCAUUGGUUCUUUACCAGCCAUAUCCCAACAAAAGCCUGGCCGAGUAUAUCCGCGCCGUCGAAGAGAGUCACAAUGCGUAUACCGCACAGCUCUCCCCGACGGGCCAGCUGCCGGCCUUGAUGGCUCUCCCGGUCGAGCUCUUCAUGCAAAUCUACGACCUUUUGACGGUGGAGAGCCAGGCGAUGCUGGCGGUCACAUGCAAGAGCCUGUACCGCAGCAUGUUUCCGCACGUGGCCAUCAAGCAGGUCAAGCAUAAGGGUGGGAUGCUGCGGUGCAUCGAGCGGCAGAUGCCGCAGCAAUACUACUGCCCAGUCUGUGUCAAGCUGCAUCGUUGGCACCUGGACGACAACGGCAGACCAGUCUUCCCCACCUGCGACGACAUGACCCCGAGCUGCGGCGUCACAAGGUGGCUCUUCCCCAGCGACCCGGGCCCGUACGCCGAGGGCUCGCCCGAGACGGUCGACUACGAGGUCGACUACCGCACCGCCCGCCUGGCCGUCCGCGCCGCCGCCCUGGGCCCAUCGUUCGGCCCUCCCCUCUCCAUCCUCGAGAAGCGCGCGGCCUGGCAGCCGUGCCCAGACAUGGCCGACCAGCACGGCCCUCUCCUGAACGCGGUGGCCGUCGGAUACCACUACGAGCCGCGAGUGGUCGACGGCGUCCUGCACGUCCGCGCAACGUACGUCGUGCGCGACAACUCGGGGUCCCCGGACCUCUGGAACCUGUGGGCGAAGAAGCCCGACCUGGGCCCCUGGAUCUGCCCCGGGAGGAAGGUGUUUGCUGAGUUCGAGGGCCAGGCGGGGCGGUGUCUGUGCUUUGAGGAUGUGCCGGGGACAGACGUCGACGCGGAGUCUUCUUCCGACGUCGAGGAGGAAGUGGUGGAGUGCAGCUGCGCCAAGACGCUGGCCGAGGUGUGCGCGCUCGCAAUCAGGACGGUCUCGAGGUGCGAGUGCGCGGCCUGGGCGUCGCAGUACUGCGGCACCGAGUGGGAGAUCACCAAUUUAGUAGUAGUAGUAGUAGUAGUAUUUAACGCCGGGCUCGGCCCGGCUCAUUAG